GCGUCUCCCUAGGUUACCGUCAACAAAAUAGUACCUCCACCCGAGCUUUACGUUUAAUGUAUCCAUCUGUUAUCCAAUCCGCUUCCUCUGAUCAAAUAGUCAUUUUAUAUUUGCAGAAACGACUAUAUGUAGAGUGAUAGUACAGUAGUGGUAAAGCAUAUGAGAACUCUGGGCGGUCCUUGUCGACUUGUUGCUGCUGGCAAAACGUAACGAGCAUGCUAAAUCCUAGCAAAGAAGCCUGAUUAUCGUUUCAGACAUGACGAAUCAAGCAUUCGACAUUCUUGCUUACUCGCAGAGUCCCAAAACAACAAAAAGAACAACGUUCCAGGAUGAACUUGAAGCUGCUCUCAACGUCAGAGCUAGAAAAACAACACUUUUGUAUUCAGGAGAUCUGGAUGAGGAUGGCGACGAUUUUUUGGGCAACCUCCUUAAAUCAAGAAGAAACAGGUCUGAUGCAUUCAAAGCCAGCAAGACUAAAAGCCAAAUCAACGACUUUGACUUCUCUGAUGAUGAUGAAAAACAAGGGACGAAAAAUAGGACUUCCUUCUUGAAAUCCCUGAAAAGACUUUCUGUGGAGGGAGAUCUGAUUGCACCACAGCAUGAACACGAGACUUUAAACAGUUGUCAGUUAUCCAGUGAAGGUGACAUAGGGCACAAAAAGAAUGCUGUCAAAUUGGCGAGCCAUUGUCCUCCACGAGACAACUCUAGUACAUCGCUGUUAUCCCAGUCAGAUGAUGUUCCUCUGGACUUGCCCUUUCCUUUCCACAGCAGUACAUCUCCAGCACCAAUUAGGCCUGAGAGUAGAGCAGACAUCAAUGGUAACACAGGUUGUGAAGAAAGCUUCCGGACUUCAUUAGACACUGACCUUAAAUGUGUGACAACUACUGGUAUUGAGCGGGAGACACCCAAACCCAAACCAAGACAAAGGACAUUGGGACUGAACAUCCACGUGACAGAGAAAACCGAAACGUCUCCACCAGCUCCCAUCACUGACAUCUCAACUCCUGAAAAGAUUACAACAAGGAGCUGCAGUCCCCAUUUGACAGAUGGACACUGUGCUGGGUCAUGCGCUUCAAAUAGCUUCACUUUAGGUGAUGCCAAAGAACAACAGAGGGAAGACUCCACAUCGGUGAAAGAGUCUAACCAAGAGUCAGGAGAACACUACGUUGCUCUAGUCACUCCAGUUCCAAACAAAUCUGAUAUCCGGGCACCGAGUUCUCAGUCUCAGAGACGCAACACUGUGCGCGCCAAAAAGGUUGAAUCAAAGUACCUGGGAUCCCUCAAAAUUCUGGAUUGUAAAAUUUCCCCAAAUUGUCAACCACAAGCUGUCGAUUCUCUAAGGGCCACUGUUUACCAGGAAUGGCUCAGAAAGAAAAAGGAAAAGUCCUCAGAGAACUUAAACAAAGAGAGGAUUCUGCAAGAACAAAACAAACAGAGAGAAGAAGAAAAAAAGAAAGGUGCUGCCAAUUCAUACGAGGCUUGGAAAGAAAAGAAAGAUGAGAUGCUCAAAGCAAAAACAAAGGAAGACAAACAUAGGUUGAGGGAAGAGCAAAAAGCGGUGGAAGAGGUACAGGAAAAAAGGAAAGCGGCUGAACAGGUGUUUCAUCAAUGGAAGCGUGAGCAUGAUGACGUACUGCGAGAAAAGUGUCGACAACAAAAAGCAACCGAGAAGAAGCUUGCACUGAAGAAACACGAGGAGGAGGAAGAAAGAAAGACAGCCAGCAAGUCUGCUUUUUCGGACUGGUGCGAAAAGAAGACAGAUGCCCUGUACAAAAAAGUCACGAUAAAACGCCAGGAAAACAAGAAUAAAGCUGAGGAGAAUCGAUAUAUCCAAGAGGAGAAGGAUAAAAUGGCUGUCGAGAUGUUUGAACAGUGGCUGGCAAAGAAGGAGAUCCAACAAAAGCGACAGAGAGAAGAAAAGCGACUCCAAGUGAUACUGCGAGACAGUCCGCCCCCACCAUGGAGCCCUCCCAAUAAAACGAUGUUCCAAAUAAAGAGGAUAUGUUGCAUUGGUGCUGGCUAUGUGGGAGGCCCAACAUGUAGUGUGAUUGCCCAAAUGUGUCCAGAGAUCACAGUGACUGUGGUUGAUAUCAACGACUCCCGAAUCAAAGCCUGGAACUCAGACACGCUUCCCAUAUACGAGCCUGGCCUGAAAGAUGUGGUUGAAUCAUGCCGAGGGAGGAACUUAUUUUUCUCCACAGACAUUGACUCAGCCAUCAGGGACGCUGACCUUGUUUUUAUCUCUGUAAACACCCCCACCAAGACCUACGGCAUGGGGAAGGGCCGUGCCGCAGACCUCAAGUUCAUUGAAGCCUGCGCUCGGAGGAUUGUGGAGGUGUCUGAUGGCUACAAGAUUGUCACAGAGAAGAGCACUGUCCCCGUGCGAGCUGCCGAGAGUAUUCGACGGAUCUUUGACGCCAACACCAAGCCCAGCCUCAACCUACAUGUGCUGUCCAACCCAGAGUUCCUUGCAGAGGGAACGGCAGUAAAGAAUCUGAAAGAGCCCGACCGUGUCCUGAUUGGAGGAGAUGAAACGGCGGAGGGUCAAAAGGCAGUCAAAGCGUUAUGUGCCGUGUAUGAAAACUGGGUGCCCAAGGCCAAAAUCAUCACCACCAACACGUGGUCGUCAGAGCUGUCCAAACUGGCAGCCAAUGCAUUCCUGGCACAGCGAAUCAGCAGCAUCAACAGUAUCAGCGCGCUGUGUGAGGCUACCGGGGCUGAUGUGGAGGAGGUCGCCACGGCCAUUGGCAUGGACCAGCGAAUUGGCAGCAAGUUUCUCAAAGCCAGCGUGGGUUUUGGUGGAAGCUGUUUCCAGAAGGAUGUGCUCAAUCUGGUGUAUCUGUGUGAGGCCCUCAACCUGCCAGAGGUGGCCUCCUACUGGCAACAGGUGAUAGAUAUGAAUGAGUACCAAAGGCGGCGGUUUGCCUGCAGGAUCAUCGACUGCCUCUUCAACACAGUGACAGGCAAAAAAAUUGCUCUGCUCGGUUUCUCUUUCAAAAAAGACACAGGUGACACAAGAGAAUCAUCCAGUAUUUACAUAUCCAAAUAUCUGAUGGACGAAGGGGCCAAACUAUUCAUCUACGACCCCAAAGUUCUUAAAGGGCAAAUCAUUCAGGACUUAUCUCAUCCCAGCAUCUCAGAAGACAAGCCAGAAAGAGUUUCAGAGCUAGUGACUGUGACCACUGACCCUUACGAGGCUUGCCAGAGCGCACAUGCUUUAGUCAUCUGUACCGAGUGGGACAUGUUUAAGGAGCUGGACUAUGAGAAGAUUUACAAAAAGAUGCUGAAGCCGGCCUUUAUAUUUGACGGUCGCAGAGUGUUGGACCACCUUCACGCACACCUCCAGGACAUCGGCUUCCAGAUCGAGACCAUCGGAAAAAAAGUAGUGGCAACACGGAUCCCCUAUACCCCUGCUGCUGUAUGUCCUCGCAUUGAGGCCAGCGAGCCUCCGGCCAAAAAAGCCAAAGUCUAAAACUGUUGGCACGCAACACAUUCCUCCCUCAACCUUUUAAUUGGACUCUGUCAAAUCCUGCCUUAUCUAAAGCAAGCCAUACCAGCCAUGUGACUUAUGACUCUGCCAUAAUAGGCUGACGAGUUCAAUCUUUAGGCUCAAAUUUUGACUUAUCAAGUUAUGGUUCAACCUGUCCAAACACACAAAUGGUUUAUUGAAUACACUAGUAUUAAUCACGCAGUUUUUCAUGUAGUUCAGCAUGUCUUGCCUUAGUGUAUGUACUUUUUACAGCCACAUUCCAAAUGUUUUUAAAACCUCUAUUUUUUAUAAAUCAUAAUGCUGUAUGUGGCCCCUGUAUCUGACUGAAAAGGCCAAUGCAAUAAAAUGUCAACAAGUCCUGAA